UGCCACGGUAACGGCGUGCCCUAGCCCGCAGAAAUGGCCGCUGAAAGUGUUUCUGAGCGUUACAGAGCCGUCUGUGGACAGCAGGGGGUGAAAAUAAACCCGUUAGUGUUGGAGAAGCUGGAGAAAAGCUCAACAACCAGGAGCUUCACCUUGAAACUUGCAGGUAGCAGCGAGCAGAAACUUUGUGACGACGACGUCUCUGCUUUGUCUAAAUGCCUCCAGGACAAUCGGACCGUUACAGGUCUGGAUUUGAGGUAUAAUAAUAUAACCGAUGGAGGAGUUGGACACCUGGAGGAGCUGUUAGAGGUGGAGGACUCGCCUCUGCGCUCUCUGGACCUCACAUUUAACGACAUCCUGGCUGAUGGAGCUGAAGUCCUGGCCGCCUGCCUGCAGGGCAACAACACCCUGCUCUCCCUCAGGCUGUCGGGCAACAAGCUGGGAAACGCAGGAGCCAUGCGCCUGGCCCAGAUGCUGCAGGUGAACCGGACCCUGCAGGAGCUGCAGCUGGCCGACUGUGACCUGGAGACUCCCGCUGUGAUCGCCCUCGCCAUCGCUCUGAAACACAACCCGGUGCUUCGCUCCGUGGACCUGAGCCGCCCGCUGCUCUUCAGCCUCCAGGAGGAGUGGGCCGUGCACUUCUCUGAGAUGUUUGGGGUGAACGGCCGCCUGGCGGAGCUCCAUCUGGGGAAGAUGGGCCUAACGGACACCGGCGUGGAGAGGCUGGCCGAGGGCCUAAAGCAGAACCGCAGCCUGCGGUACCUGGACCUGCGCUGCAACCAUGUGACCCACGACGGCGCUCAGCAUCUCGCCGGCGUCCUGAGACACAACACGUCCCUCCAGGUCCUGGACCUGUCCGCCAAUCGGAUCGAGGACGUUGGAGCCGAGCACCUGAGCGGCGCCCUCUCCUGGCCCGGCUGCGUCCUGACAGAGUUGUCCGUCUGCAGAAACAACAUCAGGACGAAGGGUCUGCUGUCUGUGGCUCAGGCUCUGGUCAACAACCCGACUCUGACGCACGUCUACAUCUGGGGAAACCACCCGGAGGAGCCGGCCUGCCUGGCCUUCAGGGAGCUGAUCUCCAGCGGCCGUCUGUCGCCCCAGCACACCGACGUCCGGCCGUACCAGGUGGACGGUCACGUCUUCCUCGCCGAGGUCUGGCAGAGUCUGAGGAAACACGUUUACAGCGCAGACGGCGACGGCCAGGACUCUGACGACGCCGCCGCUCCAGACGAGCCGGAUCCGCGUCCAGAUUGUUCAUCAUGACCAAACGCAGUGAAAUUAUUUACUCCAAAGGUGCAAAUGUUGCAUCCAGACAUGAAGAAAUUAAUAAAAU